AUGUCAACAAUACUAUGGCCGCCAUUGCCAGAUACGACGGCGGUAGAUCUCGCCCAACGCGCAGAGGAAACACGACAAGGUGAACUGUCAUGGCUUCUCGACGCUCUCCAGGAAACCCUCUCGAGCUUGAAGUCUGGCCUUGAAGACUGCAGCGCUCUAUUGGCGCCACGAGAACAAGGCAGCACGUUAGUCGUCUCUUCCCACCGCAGCGAAGCCGUCAAAGGCACCAUCACGCGUAAUGGCUCCAACAUUACCAAAGGCGACAUUCACCUGCGUCUUGCUUCGCUACCACCUCCGCGCGGUCAAACGAGCUACAAACUCUCCAUCUCGACACAACCUUCAGCUCCUGCUCUUCAGUUGAAGCAGAUUGCCCAAGUCAGAACCUUGAUCAAUUCGAGCUUGGAUGUCGUGGAUGCUACCACAUGGACUGGCGACAAGGGAGAUGCCAAUUUCAUCUCGGGUCAGUUGACCUUGCUGCACGAGAACAUCCGCGAUGCGAAGGCCGUUCUAAAGGGUCCCCCUGCUGCCUCUGAUUCAGACAAGAGCUGGGCUUCCGACCCUUUGGAUGACAAGAUCUUCGACCCCCCACCCCCACCAAACCUCUCCUUCCACCUCAGCAUCUCAGACGCCGCCCUUCUUCUCCACAUCCGCACUCUCGAACCUGCCUCCCACACAGGCACCUCCACACCUCUGGGCGGUGGCCCCUCAUUCUCAGGCUUUGGCCUGCGCGACAGGCUCGCACAUGCACUCGGAGCUGGCCCACGAGCUCCUGCCCACGAUGAAGCCGAGGAUGUGUUUAGCUUUCGCAACAAUGAUGUCAGGGUCAAAGAGAAGGUGAGGGUGGAAAGUCAGGAUCCGAGUUUGAUUAGUGCUAUGGCUAAGCUGGCGGCAUUGGAGCAUACGGUUGAGUUGGGGAGGAGGGCGUUAAACGUUGUCAUGGGCAAAGAGUAUGAAGGGGAUGAUCACGCUGAUGCUUGA